AUGGCCGAAGAGGAGGGAGUUGACCUGCUUAUGGUGGUCAAGGACGCAUCGCCGCCAGUGUGCCGUCUGGUGGAGUACUCUCGAUACAAGUUCGAGGAGGAGAAGAAAAAGAAAGAGGAGCGGAAGAAGCAGAAGGCCGGCGUGAUGGAGACCAAGGAGCUGAAGAUGCGCCCUAACACAGGCGACGCGGACUACAACGUGCGCCUGAAGAAGGCGCUGAAGUUCCUGGAGAAGAACAACAGGGUCAAGGUCACCGUGUCUCUCCGCGGGCGGGAAAUGCAGUUCAAAGACCUGGGCAAGGAGCUGAUCGAGAGGUUCCAGGAGGAGGUCGGCGACGCUGCUCGUAUCGAACAGGCGCCGACCAUCCAGGGGAACCAAAUUACGAUGCUGCUGGCGCCGGCGAGGGAGUGA